UGAUGCUCUGUGAGUUUCACCAUAGAGCUAAAUUGUUUGGUUUUCAAUCAAAUAGAAAAAAAAAAUCCAGCUCUAGCCCCAAUUCCGUACCAGUAAAACAAUUGAAAAUGAGUGAAUCGAAGGAGUCAAUGGAAAUGGAGGUUGAUCCUGUCGGAGAAUCCUCAAGGAGUCAUCAAAGUAUGGAAACAUCAAUUACCGAAGAAAAAAAUGUUAUGGCAUCGGGGACUGUGAGUUCGGUAACUUGUUCCCUUCACCCCCUUGUAAUAAUGAAUGUAUCGGAGCACUGGACUAGAGAAAGGGCUCAAGAAGGUUCAGUUCAACAAGUUAUUGGUGCCCUUAUAGGCAAGCAAAAGGGUAGAAAUAUUGAAAUAAUGAACUCUUUCGAGCUAGUUUUCAACAGAAUUGGAGAAGACAUAGUUAUCGAUAAAGAUUACUAUAAUGUCAAAGAAGAACAAUUCAAGCAAGUAUUCAGUGAUAUGGAUUUUAUAGGUUGGUAUACUACAGGAGAAGCUCCAACAAUAACAGAUAUAAAAAUUCAUAAACAAAUAUGCGAAAUAAAUGAAUCUCCUAUAAUGUUGAAAUUGAAUCCUUGGGAUAAAAAUAUUGAUCACUUACCUGUGAGUCUUUUUGAAUCAGUUAUUGAUCUUGUGAGUGGAGAAACAACUAUGCUCUUUGUACCCUUAACUUACACAUUGGCAACUGAAGAAGCUGAACGAAUUGGUGUAGAUCAUGUAGCUCGAAUGUCUGCCUCAGAAGCUGGUGAAAGUUCCUUAGUUGCAGAGCACCUAUCUGCUCAACAUAGUGCCAUAAAAAUGUUGUAUUCUAGAGUAAAGAUUAUUCUGGAAUAUAUGAAAGCUGUUGAGAGUGGACAAUUACCAAAAAAUCAUGAGAUACUUAGGGAAGCUUAUUCUUUAUGUCAUCGUUUACCUGUAAUGCAGAGUUCUAGAUUCCGACAAGAUUUCUACAAUCAAUGCAAUGAUGUUGGUUUGAUGACCUACCUCGGUACUCUCACUAAGGGCUGCAAUGAUCUGAAUCAAUUUGUUAAUAAAUUUAACAUCUUGUACGAUAGGCAAGGUUUGGGAAGGAGGAUGCGUGGUAUUUUCUUUUAGAUCAAUCAAAACAAGUAAUUUAUUAAAAUUUGUAAUAAACAAUCCUUUAGUUACAGUGUGAUGUCUUUUAUUGUAAUUAAUAAUAUAACAGCUGGUAAAAAAUAUUUAUAAAAACUACCAUAGUAUAUAAAUCUGAAUUUGGUGGAAGACACUUUGUGUUUUUAAUAAAUUUUAUUUUAAAUCGUUUA